CACUCCCACCAUGCUGUCGAUUUUGGUCGCGCUGUCCGCAGCAUACAUCGUCUACACCGGCGCCGUCACCAUCUACAACCUGUUCUUCCACCCCCUGCACUCCAUCCCCGGCCCAAAACUAUGGAUAGCCUUCCCUUUAUUUCGCCACAUUUCGCACGUCCGCGGACGGUUCGACAUCGAGGUCUUCGCCCUGCACGAGAAACACGGCGACGCGGUGCGUCUGGGACCAAACGUCGUGUCGUUCGCCACGGCCCAAGCCUGGAAGGACAUCUACGGCCAUGGCUCGCCCCAGCUCCCUAAGGUGCUAGUCUCACCGAAUAACCGACACAACAUUAUCACUGCCAACACCGUUGACCACACGCGGCACCGCAAAGCCUUGUCACCCGCCUUCUCCGCCAAAGCCCUUCAAGCGCAGGAGCCCAUCCUGCAGAUGUACGUCGACAAGCUCAUCCUGCGACUCAAGAUGGUCGCCGAAUCGCGUUUGCCCGCCGACAUGGUCAAGUGGUACAAUCUGGCGACGUUCGACCUGAUCGGGGACCUGGCGUUCGGGGAAUCCUUUGGCGGUCUGGACUCCUCCGAGUACCACCACUGGGUGUCGACCAUCUUUCAGUCGGUCCGCUUAGUACCCUUGAUGAGGCUCAAGCACGCUUAUCCGCUCAUUUUCAAGCUCCUGGCUCUGACGAUCCCCCGAAGCAAACUGGAGGCGCGAUCCCGACAGGAAAAACAUAGUCGCCUAACCAUGCAGAAGCGCCUUCGUCGCGCGGAGAGCCGGGGGCAGGCGGAUUUCGUGGAUUCGAUGCUCCGUCACAAGAGCGACAAUGAGGGGCUGAGCGAGGCUGAGCUCACGGCUAAUGCGAACGUUCUCAUCGUCGCUGGGAGUGAAACGACCGCAACGCUGCUGUCGGGCCUCACAUACUGGCUGCUGCGAACGCCAGAAGUGCUGGAGAAGGUGACUAAAGAGGUCCGCUCGACGAUGGCUCAGGAGGAGGACAUCACGUUUCACAGUGCCAGCGCCCAGCUCCCGUACCUGCUCGCCUGUCUCAACGAGGCCCUCCGGAUGUAUCCCCCUGUGCCGACCGGACUGGAGCGGAUGACUCCACCCGGAGGACCGAUCACCAUCGCGGGAUAUCAGAUCCCUCCUCAGACUGCCGUAUCCGUCCACCAGCUAGCGUCCUAUCACUCCGACCGACACUUCCACGACGCACGUCGCUUUAUCCCCGAGCGGUGGCUGCCCGAAGCCAAAAGCGACCCGUCCUCACCAUUCUACCAUGAUCAUCGUGAUAUCCUGCAGCCGUUCUUAGUGGGUCCUCGCAACUGCCUGGGGAAGAACCUCGCUUACAGCGAGAUGAGGAUUAUCAUGGCGCGCAUGCUGUGGAACUUCGACCUCCAACUGUGCGAGGAGAGCGCGACGUGGAAUGAGCAGCGAUCGUACCUUUUAUGGGAGAAGCCGCCGCUGAUGUGCCAGCUGCGUGAGCGAACGCGCUGAUGGGGGUAUCACAGUGGAUUGUGUAUCUUUGGCCGGGCCGGGCUUAUUCGAGUCUUGCUGGGUUGAUUGCAAUAUUGGACAUGCCUUACAUAAUAAUCUGUUUUCUAUUGCUAUACCUCAUACAUAGAGUGUCCCUCUUGCCCUUAUUUUCCAGAUCAAGUGCUGGAUAUAACGUAGUUCAAUGGAGAUACCAUUGGUAAAUCAAUGCAGACUCAUAGCUUGACUAAUGCAGGCCGGC